AUGGCACACGCACAGGCUCCCAGCAGCCCAAACCAGGACACCGGUCCUAGUAUCGCUGACAGCAAACCCUCCGCUGCUCUUCGUCGUUCCCAUCGCGCGCGCAGACCUCUAGCCGAAUUUGGAACUGACGAUUUGGCCUAUCAUAAUGCCGCGUCUACGAGCAAAGCCUCACCUCAGCCUGCUGCGUCAAGCCGUCGUAACCCAAAACGUAAGGCGGCCCCGGAGGUUUUUGAUGUACCCAACAACUUGCUGGAGGCUUCUCUCGGGCCAUGGCAGGAGAACGAGCAGGAUGAGUGGCCGAGCUGGACUGAGAUCGAAUCUGAGCCGGCCUUCUUCAACGGCAUUCUUGAUCAGCUGGGAGUCAAAGACGCGAAAAUAGAAGAGGUGCUGUCCGUCGACGAAGACUCGCUUGCCCAGCUUCCUGACCCGACAUACGGGCUGGUGUUCCUCUACGAAUAUGUCGAGGAAGGUAGCUCAGAGGCUACUAAAUCGGGCCAGACGGUGUGGUUUGCGAACCAAACAACAAAUAACGCGUGUGCCACUGUCGCCUUGUUCAACAUCAUCAUGAACGCUGAAGGUCUCGCGCUCGGUGAGAAGCUCGACCAGUUCAAGCAAGAGUCAAUGGAACUUGCCCCUCCAUUGCGUGGGAACUUACUCACUAACAGCCAUUGGAUCCGGGUCGCCCAUAACUCGUUCACUCGUCGGCUAGAUCUUCUAAACGCAGCCUUGAGCCUGCAGAACGAAGUAGACGACAAAAAUAAGAAGCGAACCAAGACUUCCUCCAGGCGGAAGAAGACGAAGCCCACGACUGACACCGCAUACCAUUUCAUUGCCUUUGUUCCAGCAGGCGGAGACGUCUGGCAACUCGACGGUCUUGAGUGGAAUCCCUACCACAUUGGUAAGGUUGGACAAGGACAACACUGGACAUCAAUUGUGCAACCUGUGAUUAAGGCCAGAAUGAUGCAAUACGAGACAGAUCGGUUGUCAUUCAGUCUUCUCGCUCUUUGUGGAGACCAGCUCGCAUCGAUUCGGCGAGACUUGGCAAUCAAUAUUUGCUGCUUGCAAGAGCUUGAAGACAUAUGGGCUAGCAAGCUUGAGUGGAAUGAUUCGAAAAGUGGAAGAUUCAGUCUUAUCAGCAGCUCAAGCUCGGACAAACUUGAGGAGUACCGGCUCGACGCGGAAGAUGUUCUGGCAAUAUCGCACCAGGCAGACGAGUUCAAGGAAUUUCAGCGGACAGUGGGUGACCCAUCAGUGGAUGCUACACGGGCUCUGGAAAUGCGACAGAAAUUCUACAACGACCAGAUGGGCAUACGCUCAGACUAUGUUGCGAGGAUGCGAUCAAAUGACGAGGAGACGGAAAAGAUCCUCCGCCGGAAGAUGGACCACACUCCAGCCAUUCACGAAUGGGUCCAAAAGUUGGCUGAUCACGGUGCCCUUGCAAAGCUGCACCAAGAGGCACAGCUUCAAAAUCCAAUGUGA